AUGGGAUCAUGGAGCGAGGAUGAAGAUGACAAGCUCAUUGCAUACAUCCACGCUUAUGGUGAAGACCACUGGAAGUCUCUUCCAAAGGCAGCAGGACUUCGGAGACGUGUGAAGAGCUGCAGACGCAGGUGGGUAAACUAUUUGGAGCCUGAUCUCAGGCGAGGGAAUUUCUCUGAAGAAGAAGAUGAGCUCAUCAUCGAGCUCCAACUCCUCUGGGGAAACAAAUGGUCUCGGAUUGCAGGGAGAUUGCCUGGGCGAACGGACAAUGAAAUAAAGAAUCACUGGGAAUCGACCCACAUCAAGAGAAAAUUGCUGAGUCGGGGAAUCGACCCACAGUCACGCCGCACCAUUCAGCCCUUCCAUAGCGAUGGCAGCCGUAGCAGAGAUGACAGGUCUCCCAGUCAAGAAAUUUCAAUGGUGGAUUCUUUACAGAGCGAGCACUGCAUUGUGACAGGCAAUUUCGAUCUUGCUGCUUCAAAUGGCAAUUUCGAUCUUGCUGCAUCAAAUAUUGAGUGCCACACAAUUCAGCCCUUCCAUAGAGAUGACAGGUCUCCCAGUCAAGAAAUUUCAAUUGUGGAUUUUUUCCAGAGUGAGCCCUGCAUUGUGACAAGCAAUUUCGAUCUUGCUGCUUCAAAUGGUGCGAGUGGAAGGGAAGAGACGUCUGAUGUGAAUCUGGAAUUGACUCUUGGUUUGCAGUCUUCUGCCUCUCGUGCGAAUAAUUCGCAAGAGCUUCAUUUUUUUUAA